CUCUCUUUUCUCCUCACUCCUGAAUGCUGCUAACACUGUGAACACCUGAACCACUGAAGGGUCUGAGACACAACAGCAACACAAAUCAGCAAUUACAGCAACUAAACUAGACACAAAAUGAAAACGGACUAUUCUUUGGAGAAGAACGAGAGUACUCAAGGAGUCUCUUUCGCAGAAGAUGGUUUCCGUUGGAAAUCUGGAUCAAUGGCCUCAGAUCCUGAACAUACUGAGACGGACAACAACGACAGAACAGCUCAACCCUCAUUAUGGAGAAAAUACCACCAGAGCAUUCAGACCCUCAAACCCAUUCGCUUAUCCUCACCAAAUGCCCACCCUCUGGACAAUGCAGGCUUUCUGUCCUUUUCAACCUUUGUCUGGAUGACCCCAAUGAUGUGGGCAAUAUUCAGGAACAGGCUGGACAUGAGCUCGCUCAAACUGUCUCCUUUGGAUUCAGCGGAUACCAGCGGAGAAAGGUUGCACAGACUCUGGGAGGAAGAAGUGGCUAAGGUGGGCCUGGAGAAGGCCUCUUUGGUUCGAGUGGCUUUUCGCUUUCAGAGGACAAGGCUGAUUCUGUCCGUUUUUAUCGGUAUCCUUGCCAUGUUUGCAGCUUUUCUGGGCCCGGCUGUUCUGGUCUAUGAGAUCUUAAACUUCACCGAUGACCCAGGGAGCUCCACAGUGUAUCAUGGGGUCGGUCUGGCGUUGGGUCUGUUCACGUCUGAGUUCUUCAAAGCUUUCCUAAUAUCCUUACUGUGGGCCAUGAACCUGCGUACAGCUGUCAGACUGAAGGGGGCCUUCUCAUCAAUGGCCUACCAGAAAGUAAUCUCUCUGCGGGUUCACAGCGGCAUCUCAAUGGGAGAGCUGAUAAAUGUUUUGACCAACGAUGGCCACAGGUUGUUUGAAUCGGUCCUGUUUGGGAGCUUCAUGCUCUGUGCCCCAGUGCUCUUUACUGUGUGUGUAAUCUAUGCCUGCAUCAUUCUGGGCUACACUGCGCUGAUGGGAGUCUGCAUCUUCAUCAUCUUCAUCCCUGUUCAGUUUAUCCUCGCCAAGCUCAUUACCGGGUUCAGAUGGAAAGCCAUACAGAUAACAGACAGCCGUGUUCGCACGAUGAAUGAGAUUCUCAACAGUAUCAAACUUAUCAAGAUGUAUGCCUGGGAGGAUUCCUUCGAGGAGAAGGUGGCAGCACUCAGGAAAAAAGAAAAGACAGAACUGAAGAAGGUCUGCUACGUCCAGAAUAUGAACACCAGCAUCACCGGCAUCAUCCCUACUGUUGCUACUGUUCUCACCUUCAUCGUACACACUUUGUUGGGCUUGAGUCUCAACACAUCUGAUGCCUUUACCACCAUCGCCAUCUUCAACUCCAUGAGGUUCUGCUUGGGUCUGAUGCCGUUAUCUGUGAAGACGCUGGCUGAAGCUCUGGUGGCAUUGACACGACUGAAGAAAUUACUGAUGAUCCAGAAUCCAGACCCCUACAUGAUAAAGAUGAAAGACAGUGACUCAGCCAUAGUGGUGAAAAACGCGACUCUAUCCUGGACUAAACUGGACAGCCAGACAGACUCGUCACCCAGCUCAGCAAACGGGGUGAAUGGACACAAAGAGGACGAGGUGUCCCAGAAGGAGAGGACUGAAUCCAACCAGCCAACCUUGAGAAACAUCUCCUUCACACUGCCCAAAGGUAACCUGCUCGGAAUCUGUGGGAAUGUGGGGAGUGGGAAGACGUCAGUGAUUUCCAGCAUUUUGGAGCAGAUGCACCUCCUUCAAGGCUCCCUCUCAGCUGAUGGGACAUUUGCCUACGUUUCCCAGCAGGCCUGGAUAUUUCAUGGUACAGUUCGAGAAAACAUCCUGAUGGGGGAACCUUUCAACAAGGCCAAGUAUGAAAGGAUUGUGGAUGUCUGUAGUCUGAGAGCUGACCUGAAAAUCCUUCCGUAUGGUGAUCAAACUGAGAUUGGUGAGCGAGGGUUGAAUCUGUCAGGGGGGCAGAAGCAGAGGAUCAGUCUGGCCAGAGCUGUCUACUCCAAUAAAGAUAUCUUCCUCCUGGAUGACCCGCUGUCUGCUGUGGACGCACAUGUGGGGAAACACAUUUUUGAAGAAUGCAUUAAGAAGGAGCUCAAAGGAAAAUCCAUCAUACUGGCUACACACCAGCUUCAGUAUCUGGAGUUUUGUGAUGAUUUGGUUCUGGAGGAUGGCGAGGUGCUGGAGGCAGGAGACCACCAGGCUCUGAUGAAAGUCAAGGGACGCUAUGCUCAGCUAAUCAGCAAUUACCAGUUAGAACAAUCCAAGUCAGAGGAAGAGGAAGUCUCACCCCAAGAUGUCACCCAGAUGAGGGAAAUUGAGAUGAGAGAUCGUGCAGACAGUGGGAUAGUGAACCUGGCAUUUGAAAUGUCAGAUGAAAAGGACUAUGGAUCUACAGCUGACAAAAUUUCUUCUGCUGGAGAUCAGCUGGUGAGUGAAGAGGCUGUCACAGAAGGUGCUGUCUCCUGGAGAGUCUACCAGCAGUACUGCAAGGCCGCUGGAGGCUACAUCGCCACCUUCAUCACUGUGCUGAACAUCGUGCUGUUGCUUGGAUCCACAGCCUUCAGCAACUGGUGGCUCAGCUAUUGGCUGGGGAAUGGUAAUGGGGUGAGAACUAUCUCUCUAUUUACUCACAGCUUAAUCAAAUUAUUUUUUGGGCAACAGGCGAGUCUCAGAAACCCGGAUCUGUACUUUUACCAGAUGAUUUAUGGCUUGACGGUUGUUGCCAUGUUGUUACUUGCGGUGACAAAGUGCUUUUACACCCGGGCAACCAUGGGUGCUGCCUGCAAAUUCCACGACACCAUGUUCAAUAAGAUUAUCGCCAGUCCCAUGAGUUUCUUUGACACAACACCAACUGGCCGCAUUAUCAAUCGCUUUUCCAAAGAUCAGGAGGAAGUGGACACAGUCCUUCCUCUUCACAUGGACCCUUUCUUGCAGUUACCUCUGUUGGUCACCUACACCAUUAUCAUCAUCUCAACCGUCUUCCCUGCCAUGCUGGUAGCUGUGGUUGUUAUGGGAGCUUUGUUCAUCCUCAUCCUCUGUGAUGUGUUCCAGAGGAGUAUUCGUCAGAUGAAAAAGAUGGAAAACAUCAGUCGCUCUCCCUGCAUAUCUCUCACCACCUCCACCCUGCAAGGCCUCAGCACCAUCCAUGCCUAUAUAAGAGACAGCCACAUCAAACUGUUUAAGACCCUGAACGACCUGAACUCCAACCACUAUUUAUUAUUUCACUCUGGGACACGUUGGCUCUUUUGGCUGGACUUCAUGGCUACUGCCAUGACUCUUUUAGUGGCUCUGUUCGUAGUGCUCAGCAGUGAUGAUCUCAUCAGUCCAUCUGCAAAAGGCCUCGCCUUGUCCUACACUGUUCAGUUGACAGGCAUGCUUCAGUUUGUGGUGAGGCAGGCUACUGAGGUAGAGGCGAGAUUCAACUCAGUGGAGCGACUGCAGGAGUACAUCAAGGAUUGUACUUCUGAGGCCCCCAGACACAUAAAGGAGGCUAGAAUCCCAGAGGACUGGCCAAAGAGUGGAGCCAUCGCCUUCCAGAGCUAUAAGAUGAGGUACAGAGAGAAUACACCUGUUGUCCUCAAUGAGCUGAACUUCAUGAUCAGAGCUGGAGAGAAGCUAGGCAUCGUGGGACGGACAGGAUCUGGAAAGUCCUCUUUGGGUGUGGCUCUGUUCAGGCUGGUGGAGCCAGCAGGAGGAACUAUCCAGAUCGAUGGAGUGGACAUCAUGAGUAUUGGUCUCCAGGAUCUGCGCAGCAAACUGUCAAUCAUCCCCCAAGACCCUGUGCUGUUCAUUGGCACAAUCAGAUACAACCUGGACCCCUUCAAUAACUACACAGACGAGGAGAUCUGGGCAGUGCUGGAGAAGACCUACAUGAAGAACUCGAUCUUGCGACUGGAGGGGAAACUACAGGCCCCUGUUUUUGAGAAUGGAGACAACUUCUCUGUGGGAGAAAGACAGCUCAUGUGUAUGGCAAGAGCACUACUUCGCAACUCUAAGAUCAUUCUUUUGGAUGAAGCCACAGCAUCCAUCGAUGCAGAGACAGACGCUUUGAUACAGAACACCAUCAAAGAAGCCUUCCAGGACUGCACCAUGCUCACUAUUGCUCAUCGUAACACUGUGGUAGAUGCAGAUCGUAUUCUGGUCAUGGACAAUGGAGAGGUGGCAGAAUUAGACAAUCCUGAUGUGCUGAAGCAAAAACCGGACUCUCUUUUCUCCUCACUCCUGAAUGCUGCUAACACUGUGAACACCUGACUCUCAGAUGCUCUGACACCACAGCAACAGAAACCAGCAAUAACAGCAACCAACCAGACCAUUUGUUAGCUAGGCAGGCGUGCAGGUAUCUGGUAUAACUGAGCUGCCGAUGGGCUGUAAGGUUAAUGUGGAAAAAAUACAGCAGUGUCAUUGUAAAUAGUGCAAUGUUUAUCUCUCUUUUCAGCUGAUAAAAAUAUGAAGACUGGAAAUUACAUUUCAGAGCUUUUCCUAAAGAGUGAAUAUGAUGAUGUAUAUUUAAAAAGAUAUAUUAUUUAUUGAUCUUUUGUGUAUAUUUUACUGCCACUACAACAAUGCAAUACCAUUUGAAACAACAGAUUGCACAUAGUGAUUUUUUAAAUUUGACACGUGUCAUAAACUGAGUUGAGUUUGUGAAUAAAUGAUGUGAAUUUGUAA